AUGAUAUUACUGGUUAUUCUCCAUAUGGAGCAAGAGCUAGACAAGAAUUUACUCGUUAUCAAGUUGGUUUUUAAAUUUGAAUUUUUCUCUCAUGAUGGACCGGGUAUUACUGUUUAUAUUUUUGCUUUAGCUAAGGAUGGGGGAAAUAUGCUCAGGGAAAGAUACCUCAAUGAAACAAUUGAAAUUUUAAAUUUGGCAAAUGAAAAUGUAACUUUACAACAAAAUGGCCAUAACAAAAGUUUUGCUCAAUUUUGCCGCAGUUUUUGUAAAAUUAACGAGCCUGUUAGGGGCUUUUAUAAUGGCUUUCGACUUCAAUUAGAAUCUAUAGCUAUGGGAAAUAAACCAAAUUCAAGAAUUAAAUUAAAUUAUCCAAAAUCUCAAAUUCUUGGACACACUUUUACUUUACAACAAAGCUUUUUUGGUGUUGAACGUUAUAAUUAUACAAAUGAAAUUGAAGAUAAAAAUAAUUUUAAUUUAACAGCUGCAUUACUUAAAGUAAAAGCUGAUGAAGAGGAGGAGGAAGAAAAUAAAAAUAAAACAAAUAUUUUAAUAAAACAAAAAGAAUCGAAGAAAAAUAGAACUGGAAGGGAUAUUGAAAAUGAUAAUAUUUUAAAUUUAGAAAAUAAUUCAACGACUAAAAUUACAAAUAUAAAAUCGAUAAAAAUGGUUGUAUUACAAUUUCGAGCAGAACAUGAAAAUGGGUGGACUAGUGAAAUUGUAAAAACUUAUGAAAUGGCAAUGGUUAACCGAUUUGAAAAGGAAUACAAAUCUGAACGUUUAAAGUUAUAUGUAUUAUCAACAACUUAUGUAGAGGAAGAAAUGAUAUUUUUGGCUAUAGCAAUUUGUUUUUUGCCUUUUAUGUCUUGUGCAACAGCACUUGGUUUAAUGUUUAUUUGUGGAUUGAGAUUUGCUUCAAUUUUGUGUGUUAUCCCUUUUUUAGUUCUUUCAAUAGGCGUUGAUUCUUCUUAUUUAAUGAAUCAUGAAUGGCAAAGUGUUAUUAAACAUUGCCGUGAACAGCCAAAUAGAAAAAAUUUAAAUGUUGGUUAUCGAGUAUCUCAAGUUCUCUCAGAAGUUGGGCCAGCUAUAUUAAUUUCAAUGUUAACCAAUGUGUUUGCUGAUGGGAUAGGUGCCAUUACAUCCUCCCCAGAAAUAACACUUUUGUGUGUUGGAAAUUUAAUUUCGAUGAUUAUUGCUUUUAUUUAUCAAAUGACUUGUUAUGCUGGUUUAAUGUCUCUUGUAGGUAGAUAUGAAAUUGCUUUAGAAAAACGCGAAAGAAGGGAAAUACAAGAAAGUAUAAGAAAAGCAAUUUCUAAUGGUUCUUCUCAAAUUGGAAUUAAUAAUAAUAAUAAUUGCGAAUUAGGCUAUGGAAAACAUCAAUCUUUAAAUAGACAACAAAGCAAAUUUCACGAACAUACAAAACAUUAUAUUAGCAAAACAAUAACUUUUUACAUAAAAGUAAUAUCAAAACGUGUAGUUGCUUUGUUUGUUAUUUUUAUUUAUUUUGUUUAUGUUGGCUUCUCAAUUUGGGGGAUAACUAGAAUGAAUAUUAAUUUAACUACACAAAAAUUAUUUGCAGAAGAUUCUCCUUUAUUACAAUUGGAUAAAUUACGUGUUAAAUACCAAGUACCUCAUUUUAUGAUGGCCACAGUUUUUAUUUGUGCACCAAAAAAUUUAAGCAAUCCUGAACGACUUGAAAAAAUGAAUAAUUUUGUAAGAGAAAUGGAACAACUAAAUGGAACUUGGGGCCGUUCUUGGGGAACUAUUGGCACUCAAUACUUUGAGAAACAGAUCCUGACGAAUUAGA